GUCAUUAUUCGCGUUUGCUCCCAUAAGGGUGUGGCGUAGGGCGAACCGCAAGGUUUAUGGAGCCCCACAUUCAUUUUCAUAAAAGGCUAUGUUACGUUCGCUGAGAUCGGAUUGGUUGUCUCGGUUUACGAUCUGAUGAGAAUAUAAAUGUGUCAGCUGGGUGACACAGUCGCAGAGGUACUCCCUCAAAUAUAUUACAAUUUACUUAAUUAAAUAUCUUUAUUAAAUGAGUGUUGUUCGUGAGUGACGUUGAGAUCAACUUCAGUCCGAUAUUAAAUGGAAUAAAUAUUUAGUACGUUAAAUAAGACAUGUUAUCCACAAAAUGCAUUUGUGAAAAAUAGUAUAUAAUUCAUAAACAAGUGUAUGUAUUAAAAAGAUAGAAACAAUAUCUUCGGAAGAAUCAGAAAUUAGAAUUAGAUUAUUAAAUGAUUAAUACAAUUCUAUAAUAAGAAAAUUGUAGUGUUAUCAUUAUAUUAAUUAAUCUUACUUGCUAAUUUACUAUUACAGGUAUGCUAUAUUAAUUAAUUUAUUUUAUUCUCUAUUAUCUGUAAUUGUUAUUGUUAUCUCGACGCGUCCCCCUGUAACAGCUUUAAUAAUGUUUCAAUAAUAGAAAUCAUCGUAAAGCAGAUCGAACGCAGACAAGUAAAAAGAAAAAAUAGCUAGGAGUAUUUGUCAGCCUCAAAAAACGUAAUCGUCCUCUUCCGUUAAAAUAUGCCAGGGGUUACAGGAAUGUCGUUGGAUCAUAUGUUCUGCUCUCGCUGCAGAGAAGGUUUUGCUGCUCAUGAAAAAAUUGUUAACUCCAAUGGGGAACUAUGGCAUCCACAAUGUUUUGUAUGUGCACAAUGCUUCCGACCGUUUCCAGAUGGAAUCUUCUAUGAGUUUGAGGGAUACAAGUAUUGCGAACAUGACUUUCAUGUUUUGUUCGCACCAUGUUGCGGCAAGUGUGGUGAAUUUGUUAUUGGGCGUGUAAUUAAAGCAAUGAACUCCAACUGGCAUCCACAAUGCUUCCGUUGUGAGGAAUGUAGCGGUGAAUUGGCGGAUGCAGGCUUCAUCAAAUGCCAAGGCAGGGCACUGUGUCACGCAUGCAAUGCUAGAGUAAAGGCUGGCGUGCUCGGAAAGUACAUAUGUCAUCAAUGCCAUGGAGUGAUUGAUGACAAACCUUUACGAUUCCGCGGUGAGCUUUAUCAUCCGUAUCACUUUAAUUGUACGGCUUGCGGAGUCGAACUUAAUUCUGAAGCCAGGGAAGUUCGUUCUCGACCUGGUUACGCUGCUAAUGAAAUGAAUGAAUUGUACUGCUUGCGGUGUCACGAUAAAAUGGGAAUCCCAAUUUGCGGUGCUUGUCGACGUCCCAUUGAAGAGCGCGUAGUAACAGCGCUCGGCAAGCACUGGCACGUGGAACAUUUCGUGUGUGCAAAAUGCGAGAAACCUUUCCUAGGUCAUCGCCAUUAUGAGAAAAAAGGUCUCGCUUAUUGCGAAAUUCAUUAUCACCAGUUGUUUGGAAAUCUCUGUUUCGUCUGCAAUCAAGUUAUUUCUGGGGAUGUAUUUACGGCAUUGAACAAGGCAUGGUGUGUACAUCAUUUUGCGUGUGCGUUCUGCGACCAGAAGAUGAAUCAGAAGACAAAGUUCUUCGAGUUCGAUCUAAAACCUGCGUGCAAGAAGUGCUACGAUAAAUUUCCACAAGAGUUGAAAAAACGAAUGCGACGUAUGUACGAUUUAAAUCCCAAGAGGAUUCCACCAGCAUAAAUGCAGAAUCUUUCGUAUGAAUCUUCUAUCGAAUCUUAAAUAUGAUCGUUCAAAUAAUCAUCAGCCUUAUUAUGAUGCCUUAUCUGUCUUAACAUCGAUGUAGAAAGAUAUUUGUUUAUUAUAUUAUAAUCUAUGUAGAAUGUACCAAAGCUACUCCAUUUCUUCUAGCUUUCAAGCGUUUGACGCAAUUGUGACUAUUUUUGAUAUAACAUAUAACUGAGAAAUCGUUGAAGCUCUGUAGUUUAAAAUGCUUUUCUUUGUAUGGACGUAAUAUCCAGAAAUAUAGUAUCCAAAAACUUGUGGUACUGCUAAAAGACCGUUUACACAUGAGCCGCAAUGCUAAUUUAUAUUUUAACGCGUGUCUUUUGACAAAUAAGAGCAAUUAAUUUUGAUUACACUAUGUUAUACACAGUAUUUGUAAAAGAUAACAAGAUUGAUACUAUAUCAAUUAAAAAACUGAUCGUACGUGUAAAAAGACAAUUAAAUCAUCCAUAGAAUGUAUUUUAUUUGAUUUUUUGAGACUAUUUUAUAUUUUCAAAAUUCAAAGUUCUGACGAAACAGAUUCGCAUAAUAUUCUAGUCAUUUAACUAGCCGUGACAAAAGUUUUAACGUAAUUCUAAAAAAAUCUUCAAAAUUUGCUUGUGUCGAUUAACUUUGCCCAACAUUGUGUUAAUAUCGAACACCUUUGAAUAAACUAAUGAUUUUUACACGUACGAUCGCUGCUUAAUAUCGAUAUAGUGUCAAUUUAUUAUUUUUUACAGAUAUGCUACAUAUGCAAAUGUACUCUAGAUUAUUACCGUUGUUCAGCUAAAUAUCCACAGGUUCUAAUAUCAAAUUGUUAACGCUUUUUAUUGUAUAAAUUACAUAACAAUUACAUAUUUAAAUUUAAUCAGAUUUUAUAGAAAAUUAUUAUGAAAAUAGGUUUGUUAUUUAUUUCAAAUCUAUUUGUCUCAUACAAAUACAUCUAAAUAUAAUAAAAAUUAAGAAGACGCUAAUAUCAAUGUUAUCUAUAAAGGAAAGAACUGUUUUAUACUUCCGAA